CACGUUCGCGUCCUUUUGCCCCGCCCAUUAGUCACUGACAGUAUGGCGGCCCUCAGAAACAGACUGUUUCAGACGCUUUUACGCAAGAAUGUCACUGGGAUUACAUCGUUCUUGUCAAGUGCUAGAGCAGCCUCUGGUGUAUCCAAGAGUAUGCUCCCUGGACCAUACCCCAAAACACCGGAGGAGAGAGCAGCUGCUGCUAAAAAGUACAAUAUGAGGGUGGAAGACUACGAGCCUUAUCCAGAUGAUGGAAUGGGGUAUGGAGACUACCCAAAACUUCCAGAUAAAUCACAGCAAGAAAGAGAUCCAUGGUAUUUGUGGGAUCAUCCAGAUCUGAGGAGAAACUGGGGAGAACCGAUGCAUUGGCAUUUUGAUAUGUACAUUAGAAACAGAGUUGAUACAUCACCUAGUCCUGUCCCUUGGAACAAAAUGUGUAUGCAGUUAUUUGGAUUCAUUGGCGUUAUGCUCUUCAUGUUCUGGCUUGGUGAAAAAUUUCCAGCAUAUCAGCCUGUGGCUCCCAAACAGUACCCUUAUAAUAAUCUGUAUCUCGAAAGAGGUGGCGACCCAAACAAAGAGCCCGAAGAAGUGAAACAUUAUGAAAUCUGAUAUGACAGAUCAUUAGUUGUAUUACUCUGCAUUAAAAAUAAAUUAUUAGAAUGAAGACAAA